AUGGUCGUGCACCAGGAGAGAGAAAUAAGCAGCCCCUCUGACGUCACAGCAGAGGAGCAGAGGAGCAAGAUGGCGGAGGUGAGCGGUGUGAGGAGCAGAAAUCACUACGACUCCAACUGUAAAACAAGAGUCCCCGGAGAAGGACUUAGAGGAGGAGUGCAGGAUGUCCCAAUCCUUCGCCCCAAGGCGAAGCCUCUGCUCGCCUUGUCUGAAGACCUGGAGGAAGAUUUUCUUCCCAAGAGCCAGACUUUGCUCCCUGACUUAGAUGCUGAUCCCACUCCAUCAGAUGAAGAAAUCCUAGAAGAACCGGUGGUAGAGGAAGAGAAAGCGCGGCCUAUCCAGAUCGUCCUGGCCAAGGAAGAUGAGCACAGUUUUGAGCUGGACUCCGCGGCGCUGGAGAAGAUCCUGCUGCACGACGAUGUGAAGGACCUGAAUGUGGUGGUGGUGUCUGUGGCGGGAGCGUUUCGAAAGGGAAAGUCUUUCCUACUGGACUUCAUGCUACGCUACAUGCACACACAGCAGCAGGGCGAGUCGUGGAUCGGUGGUGACGACGACCCUCUGACGGGGUUCACGUGGAGAGGAGGCUGCGAGAGGGAAACCACAGGAAUCCAGGUCUGGAGUGAAGUCUUUGUGGUGGAGAAACCAGAUGGCAGCAAGGUGGCCGUGCUCCUGGUGGACACGCAGGGAGCCUUCGAUAGUCAGUCCACCAUCAAAGACUGCGCCACGGUGUUCGCCCUCAGCACAAUGACCAGCUCUGUUCAGGUUUACAAUCUCUCCCAGAACAUUCAGGAAGACGACCUGCAGCAUUUACAACUUUUUACAGAGUAUGGACGUCUUGCAAUGGAGGAGAUCACCUCAAAACCCUUUCAAUCUUUGAUGUUCCUCAUCCGUGACUGGAGUUAUCCUUAUGAGCAUGACUAUGGGAUUGAAGGCGGGAACACUUUCCUGCAGAGAAGACUUCAGGUGAAGCAGAACCAGCACGAGGAGCUGCAGAACGUGAGGAAGCACAUCCACUCCUGCUUCUCCAACAUCGGCUGCUUCCUGCUUCCGCACCCUGGCCUCAAGGUCUCCACCAACCCCUACUUUGACGGCAGGCUGAGAGAUAUUGAUGAUGACUUCAAGCGGGAGCUGUCCAGCCUUGUGCCCCUUCUGUUGGCUCCGGAGAAUUUGGUGGAGAAGCAAAUUGGAGGUAGCAAAGUGACAUGCAGAGAUCUUGUGGAGUAUUUUAAGGCCUACAUCAAGAUUUACCAAGGCGAGGAGCUGCCUCAUCCCAAAUCCAUGCUGCAGGCCACAGCUGAAGCCAACAAUCUGACGGCCGUAGCAGGAGCCAAAGAUUUGUACAGCAAAAAUAUGGAACAGAUUUGUGGGGGAGAUAAGCCAUACAUUGCACCGGCAGAUCUGGAGCGCUGCCAUGAAGAGUUUCGAGAGCAUUCUGUGCGUUUAUUUCGAUCGGUGAAGAAAAUGGGCGGCGAUGAAUUCUGUCAGAAAUAUCAAGGCCAACUAGAGGGCGAACUGGACGAGGCCUAUGUCAAUUUCUCUAAACACAAUGACAGCAAAAAUAUCUUUUACGCCGCCCGCACCCCCGCCACGCUCUUCGCCGUCAUGUUUGUCACCUACAUUGUGUCAGGAGUCACCGGCUUCAUCGGCUUGAGCACUUUGGCCUCCAUGGCAAACAUGAUCAUGGGGCUGGCCCUGAUGGCCCUGUGCGCCUGGGCCUAUGUGAAGUAUUCUGGAGAAUACCGGGAGGUGGGCACCUUGAUAGACCAGGUGGCUGAGAUGCUGUGGGAACAGGUUUUGAAGCCACUAAGCGAACAGUAUAUGGAAGAUAACGUCCGGCAGACGGUGGUGAACUCCCUUAAAGCCAGUUUGACCGAAUCAAGCUCACGGCAAACGAAGCAAAAGACUCAGUGA